UGGGUUUCCAGCGCUGGCUGAUAGUGUGUUGGUUUUUUAUAGCCCUCAAAAAAAGGAUAUCACGCCGUUGAUGAAGGGAUGCAAGGAACAAACUUACCUAAGAACUUAGCUAGAUGGAAGCUGGGAAAAUGGCUGGAGGGUGGGGCAAAGGGAAAGCUGCCUUAAAGUCCCAUAAAAUGAAGCCUUUUCUUAGUUUUACAUUUUCCAAGCCUUGAUUUUUAGACAGAACUUUGCUUUUCCACUCAGCUAGAAUCUAAUUCUAUAUCUUGCCAUCAAAGUAAGUCUAGAAUUUGAUUUCAUUUAAGCAACUUGAAAAAGCCUAGCAGUACGUGGUGUGUGUUUAGUGUGAGCACAAAAAUCGAGCAUUCAUUUUCCUGAUUUUUCGUUUUACUUUUUAACAAUAACAAAAAAUUCAAAUAGAUUUCCCUGACCAAUCGCAAUUUUGCGUUUUUCCUUUUUUUUUUUAUAACUUCUAAUCUUAAAUUAAUAAGCAAGAAUAAUGCUCACCACUUUGGUGGUAAGAACGGUGGCCGUAUCAAUGACGAUCUACCUGACCAAUCGCGUUGGAGUUUGGGGCAAGACAGAGGAAACGGAUCGUCUGCUUCAGCAGGGUCUCAAUCCAUUGACCGUACUCUUGCGACGUGUCUUGCCCAACGAGCAGAUGGAUAUGAGCAUGGGUGAACUGGCCAGGGAAUACUAUAACCAGGGGAUCAAGGGUACCUUCCAUAUUAUCCGGAAUAUACCCAACUAUUCGGAAGAUCUGGCCGAUGGGGCCAAAGACAAAUGUCUUGACUUGGUUCAGAAGGCCAAGGAGAUGAAGUAUCAAGAUGGUUUCUGGUGGAGUACAGGCAAGGCUAGUAAGAAGAUGGGGAAUGCUUCUGCUGAUCCUGCUGCUGCCGGAGAUGGGCCAUCUCGAGAAACUUUAAUCAUUAUGGAAGAGCCAGCGGCCAUAGAUGAUCUUCCUGGCGAUGGCAAGGUUGCGCUGAAAGGAAGAAUGAAGUAAGAAAUCACCACCCAACUUAGAGAGAACAAAAAGCAGACUUAACUGCAUCAUGAUUUGUGCUCUGCUAAAACGAAAUGUUAAAUUUUUGUGUAAAGUUUAAGUAUUUCAAAUUCCAUAUUCAACACACCAAAAAAGCUAUUUUGGCCAUUAACUUUCAUUUAUAUAACAUUAAAUGCAACUUUUAUA